UCGGAGGAUGGUCCCUCCUUUUUGUGAGAAGGACGUUGAGAAGUAUUUUUGUCAUUUCGAGAGGGUUGCAGCUUCAUUAAAGUGGCCUGAAAAUGUUUGGUCUUUGCUUUUGCAAUGCGUGAUAACCGGUAAGGCGCAGGAGGUUUAUGCUUCGUUGUCCAUUGAAGAUUCUGCUGAUUAUACGAUUGUUAAGGCUGCUAUAUUAAAAGCCUACGAGUUAGUCCCGGAAGCAUAUAGACAGCGAUUUAGACAAUACACGAAACUUUCGAAUCAGACUUAUGUUGAGUUUGCGCGUGAAAAGGAAAUUUUGUUUGAUCGUUGGUGCGCGUCUCAAAAAGCCGAGAGUAGAGAGCAGGUUAGACAGUUAAUCCUUAUAGAGGAAUUUAAGAGUUGUGUACCUGUCGCCCUUGCUACUUAUGUAAACGAACAAAAAGUAGACACGCUCUACAAAGCUGCUACUCUGGCCGAUGACUUCGUUUUAACACAUAAAGUCACUUUCAAGGAUGUUCAAAAAUCACGAGAUAAUAUUCCUGUUGAUCCACCUGUUGUGUUGCCUCGCAAAUCGUUUAAUGUGUUGGCCGCACCUGACCAUUCACAACAGUUCAGUAUCGUGGUGGAUGCUAGCGAUGUUGGGGCGGGAGCUGUCCUCCAGCAGAUGGGUGCUGAUGAUGUGGAACACCCAGUGUGUUACUUUUCUAAAAAGUUUAAUACUGCACAGUUAAAGUAUUCUACUAUUGAAAAGGAGGCAUUAGCAUUAGUUCUUGCGAUUCAACAUUUCGAGGUGUAUUUGUCCAGCUGUUAUUCGAUCCUUGUGUAUUGUGAUCAUAAUCCGCUUAUCUUUUUGAACUCCAUGCGCAAUUUUAAUCAGCGUCUUAUGCGCUGGAGUUUAUACUUGCAGCCAUACGACCUUGACAUUAAACAUGUCAGAGGUCGGGACAACGUGGUCGCUGACGCCCUAUCCCGGAUUGGAUAGGCCUGUGGGUAACGUAUGUUUUUGAGAAAGGUGUCUUUUAGUAGAUGCACUUUCUUGUGGUGACGGUUCACUUUUGGGGGAUGAAGGUGUUACAUGCAUGUAUAUUUAUGUAUUUGCCUGCCCUCUAGGGGCAGGUAAAGCGUGAUUUACCAUUGUUCUGAUUUAGCAGAUCCUCUACACGUGUGGACUAUUUACGUGAGCUUAAAGGAAGUCAAGUUCCCACACUUCAGGGGCGGAACUUGAGCGGCCGUCCCGAGUCGGAGCUGAGCUCUCUUCUGUGUUUAUCCUUCUUAUUUUUCCUGUCUAAUUUCUCCCACUUGUUGUUAUAUUCCGUUUAAUUAAUAAAUUCCCCUUUUGAUCGAGCCUUUGUGUCAUCCCUCUUUUGUGUUAUAGCAGUGGCUG